AGAGAGAGAUAGAGAUAAUGGAGACGCCGAGGUCCGUCGGCGAGGCGUCGACGACUAAUUUCGUGGCGGCGCGACCGUCGGCGACGACUGAUGAUGCGGUGACGAUGAGAGGCUGCGGUUUCUCUAGCCUAGCGUGGGUCGGUGUAGACAGAGAGGAGCUUCGCCGGAGGCUAGCGAUGCCUGAGUAUCUCCGCCUCGCCAUGCGAGAUUGCAUCAAGCGGAAAGACUCCACCGCGAUUCCCGACCACUUGCUACUUCCCGGCGGCGCCGCCGCGGAUAUAGCUCCUCACGCACCGAUCGUUGUCUUUAUUAACCCGAAAAGCGGAGGUCGUCACGGGCCCGUUCUUAAAGAGAGGCUUCAACAGUUGAUAAGCGAAGAACAGGUAUUUGAUCUCACAGAAGUGAAACCACAUGAAUUUGUAAGGUACGGUUUGGCAUGUUUGGAGACGAUUGCAGCUAAAGGAGAUGAAUGUGCAAGAGAAUGCAGAGAAAGGAUCCGGAUUAUGGUGGCAGGUGGUGAUGGUACAGUUGGUUGGGUUCUUGGUUGUCUCGGUGAGCUUCACAAAGACGGUAAAACGCAUAUUCCUCCCGUUGGAGUCAUCCCUCUCGGUACAGGAAACGACCUCUCCAGGAGUUUUAGUUGGGGUGGUUCGUUUCCAUUUGCUUGGAGAUCUGCAAUGAAGAGAACAUUACAUAGAGCAACUCUAGGUCCUGUUGCUCGAUUAGACAGCUGGAAGAUUGUAGUGUCGAUGCCAUCUGGAGAAGUCGUUGAUCCUCCUUACUCUUUGAAGCCUUCAGAUGAAACUGCACUUGAGCAGGCUUUGGAUGCUGAAGGAGAUGCACCUCCUAAAGCAAAGUCCUACGAUGGAGUGUUCUACAACUACUUUAGCAUAGGUAUGGAUGCUCAAGUUGCAUAUGGAUUCCACCAUCUUCGUAAUGAGAAACCGUAUCUUGCUCAAGGCCCCGUUACAAAUAAGAUUAUAUAUUCAAGUUACAGUUGUACUCAGGGUUGGUUCUGCACGCCUUGUGUCAGCAAUCCGGGUUUAAGGGGACUAAGAAACAUAAUGAAAAUCCACAUUAAAAAGGCAGAUUGCUCUGAAUGGGAAGAGAUAUUAAUCCCUAAAAGCGUGAGAUCGAUUGUGGUAUUGAAUCUUGAUAACUAUGGAAGUGGGAGACAUCCAUGGGGUAAUCUGAAACCAAACUAUCUAGAGAAGAGAGGAUUUGUGGAGGCGCAUUGUGAUGAUGGUUUGAUAGAGAUUUUCGGUUUAAAGCAAGGUUGGCACGCGUCAUUUGUAAUGGCUCAAAUCAUUACGGCUAAGCACAUUGCUCAGGCGGCUGCGAUUAGGUUUGAACUUAGAGGUGGUGACUGGAAAGAUGCCUUCUUGCAAAUGGAUGGUGAGCCAUGGAAGCAGCCGAUGAAGACUGAUUAUUCGACUUUUGUGGAGAUCAAAAAGGUUCCUUUUCAAUCGUUAAUGAUCAACGAAAUCUUCUUCUUCACUGUUUCGAGCUCCGAAGAACGCUUCCCAGCUUCGGCAGCCAUGGCGAGCACCAAAGUUCAAAGGAUCAUGACCCAGCCCAUUAUCGGGUCCAGAUUUGGCUUUUCGAGCAGAAAUUUGAGGAUCGAGGGACGAAUUACUGGUUUCGACGAGUACAUGAACCUGGUGCUAGAUGAGGCUGAGGAAGUGAGCAUCAAGAAGAAUACCAGAAAACCACUUGGAAGGAUUUUGCUUAAAGGAGACAACAUAACUCUGAUGAUGAAAACGGCCAAGUGAUGUCUGUCCCAAUGAUUAUUGCUGUGAGACCUCUCCCAAAUUGUGGAUCUUGUACAGAAGUGAAAAGUGGAGGACAAACUUUGUAUGUUAUGAAAGUGUGGACCCUUGGAUCAUUUCAUGUUUUCAUGUUUGUUACAUAAUGCUAAUUCAUUUCAGGGAUUAGUUAUUUUGCUUCUUCCUCAUGCAUUGCGCUAAAACAAGGCAAACAAAGUUAAAGCUGAGUAACUUUGUUUACAAGAUGUACUUGUCUUGUGGUUUGACAACAUUGGUCGAGAUUAGGGAUCAAAUUUUGUUUAUAAUAAGUUAGUAUUAUUAGCCAAAAGAAAUGCCCCUCACAGAAAGAUACAUAAGAAAACGUCGGAAAACAAACGUUGUAUGGUUUUCCCGAUCGCACCUUAAACUCGAACCAAUGAAAAAAUAACAUUGUAUAUAUAAAAAAAAAAUUAAAACCGCAAGAACAACCUCUUUUGGUAUGAGAUUUUUGAGAUAUACAAAUGGGAUCAUCAUACUCAAUAAGGCCUCCUACCAAGAAAAUUUCCCGGUGGAUCGUAAUUGCAAGUCAAGAACACGCCGCCUCCGCCGUUGCAGAUCACGUGAGCGCAACCAAUCCUCUGUGUGUUCCUCCACACAAUCUGCGUGUAAUGGCCACACAUCUCGGCCUUGCACGAGUUUGAGUAAUAGUUAUAGCCCCUUGCUUCCGACAACCAUCCAUUGGCGGCUUGAACCGGGCUCCAUCUUUUGCCCGAGCCCCAGAAUAGAUUCUCACCGUAUGGUCCGUUGGAGUGGAUCAAGUUGCAGUCACCGCGUCUCUGGUUGGCCCACCAUUGCGCGUAACGGGCUACUUUAGCGUCCCACUUUAGCGGUUUGAGCCUUAAACGGGCUCUUGCCGCAUUUUGUGGAGCCAUGAAUUGCUGUUGGUAUGUUGCUGCAUCGACGCAAUGACAACAUAUUAUUAGUAUGAGAGCGGCGAUUGCAACCGAAACAAGAUUGAUGUGUUUAGGAGGAGCCAUCGCGGGUGGAGCUUGAACUCAAAUGGUGUUUGCUUAGUUUUAUAUAAGCUUGGAGUCGUGAAGACAAU